UGGUAAUAGAACACGAAAAUAUAAACGAGGAUUCGCUACCCUUACUCACGGCGUGAUAUUGGCGAGUGCUCCCUGGCCUGCCUCCCAUGACGUUGUGCGCCAAUUUUCGACGGUGCUGAUGUUGGCCAGUGCUUCCACACGCAUCCCAUGACGUUGUGCCCUACCCAAAAAGAAGGCGCGAAUUUUCUCUAAAUCCGAUGCUUCUGAUGUCAUGAAUGUUUGUGUGUGAGGAAGAGAGGAAUGGAAGUGGAGGAGGAAGGGAAAACCUGGGAAGGACCGGCGGAAACUUGUUUGAGCCUCAAGCCGGGUUCUUCGAUUCCCAUUUGCUACCACCAACAAUUCGGGCCUCACGACGAUCUCCUUCUCCUUGAGGUUGACGACAAGAUUCUUCCAGAUGUUCUACAAAACCGGGUUUUAAUUCGAGGACAGCCUGCUGAGGAUGCUGUACUUUGCACCCAUUCAUCCACAUAUGCUAUGAAGUUUGUAGGCACGUCCAACUCUGUAUUCUUGAUCUCCCCAGGAGGCUCAACUCCAACCAUGAAAGCUACAGCUGCCAAUGAUAAGAUGGGCAGCUCAGUGGUUGCAUCUGUCAUUACAGUUGCACAAGGUAACAUUGAAUUGAUCCAAGUAGAGCCAAAGCUUGAUAAGUUAAAGAAGCUUCUCAGCGAGAAACCUUACAAUCCUGAAGAAGAUUUCAAUGGCAGUGCAAGGCACAAGAAAGGCCUGUACAGAUGGCAAGACCUUGUUGAGAUGAUCCAGGCAAGUGAAGAAGAGGUAAGAGCUGCAUUGAAGUCCCUAUCUGCUGUGGAAAUUGAUGGAUACUGGAGGAUUGUUGAUGACAAAACCAUGAAUGAAACUUUAAAUAUGAUCUUACGUAACUCCGUCCUGCAUGACUGGAGCAUAAGCGCUCUCAGUGAGGAGCGCAUCCUGUCUCUUAUGGAGGCUGAUGGUUUUUUACCCAGGGUAGUUUUACACUGCCUUGAAGCUCAUGGAAGCAAGUUAUAUGGUUCUGAUGGCACUUUAUGGAGGCUGGAUGAGAAGCAGGUAUGUCUACGGUUUGCUCUUUGUGUUUUGAGCAGAGGGAAAAUGAAGCUCGAGAGUUUCGUGGAGAAGUGGGAGCAAAGUGUUCCCUCUGGAAUGAAGGCAGAUUUGAAAAUGCUUGAAGGAGAGGUUUUGUAUGAAAAAAUUGGAUUUGAAGAGUGGAUUCGUGUUUUCAGUGUCUCAACUCUUCCUUCAAAUCCAGCUGACCGCUUCGCUGCGUUGUUUCGGGAGCGGCCAAAGUGGGAAUGGAAGGACUUGGAGCCCUACAUCAGAGAUAUACAUGUGCCUGGCCUCUCUUCAGAAGGUUUGCUUAUCAAAUAUUCUCGUAGAACACAGGCAACUGCAGAUGCUGAACCUAUAUUCAGUUCCAGGUAGGCAUUAGAAAGGGAUUUUGCCUUCUUUUAAUUAUAGUGAAAAUUGUUUUGAAACUCAGCCCUAGUUUGUCUUGAGUUGAUUCAGUAAAACUCUGCUACGAAUGCAGAUAUUAGCAUUAGUUGUCCAUUAGUGACAAAUUCAGGUUAUUUACUAGGAUUAUAUUGCUUCAC